AUGAUUGGAAUGUGGGUGUGUACCUUUAUCGAGGUUGUCAAUGUGAGAUCAAGUUUAUGGUUCUUAUCUGGAUUCCGAUCGGUCGGGAUACUAUGUAGAUGGUAGAUGGUUGGAAUGUGGAUCGCACGAUGUGGUGUAUUGCUAGACAAAAUAGUUAGUCUAUGCAACGGGGAUAAUGGCCAGCUCCGUCAGGGACGGAAGAGGGCAGAAUUGAAGACACUCAGCGAGCAGAAUGGACGAGCAGCUGCCGAAAAUGAGGAGGUUGGAGUAAAUGGCGAGGCUGGGGAUGACGCCGGUUUGUUUGGGUGUCCGGCGUGGCCCCGGCAACUCGCUGACUCAGCAGCCCUAUCUUAUCAGGAUCACCAUCUGAAAGUAUAACUCUACAGGUGGACAGUCCUUGAGCUUAGAGGGACAGGAUCGACAGUGCGUACGAGUCCAAUUACAAU